ACAAUAGCAACCAAAUACCCAUAAGGGCAAAAAUGGAAAAACUGAAAAAUAAAAUAAACUAUUACAUAAAAAGACUCAAAAUAAAACUCCUGAUCGUGACCGUCGAUCUCCAGCGUCUCCGAUGGUACACGUGCUGAAAUCGCUGACGAUGUCCUCAUCACUCUGUUUGGAAUAUGGACAAUGGCUCCAACGUGUGUUCUCAGCAUAGCUCACUGAUACGUUUUCCAGCACAUAUGACAGUUAAGCAUCAUGAUUAAAGGAUGGGUUACUAAAACCCAAACAAAAGAAACAUCUUUUUGUCCCAAUACUGAUCAACCUGAAUGUGGUUUGCUGCCCUGAAUUUUGAUUGUGCAAGUGGUUAGAGAAAUCCCAAGCACCCUUUGAGAUUUAGGUAUGUCAAACCUCUAUUGUCUACUGCUCACCGGCAAUGGGAAAGCAAGGUGAUAGAGUACUUGGGAAACCAUAUGAGAUUCUCCUUGGGAAUAGAAGGUCUAGUCAUAUGAGAUUCUCCUUGGGAAUAGGUCUAGUCAUAUCAGUAGUACACAUUUAGAGGCACGGUGGAAUUAAUAACAUUUGACAUCAUCAUUUUUAAUGUACAUAUAAAUGGCAGGAAAAAAAUGUGAGAUUAUUUUCCAAAUUUGUGUGCAAGGAAGUUUAGUGGAAAUCUAGGACAUAUAAGCAAGCGAACUUAUAUCUUAGCAACAAUAUCUGGGUAGUGAUGUGUUUCUACAUAAUGUCACAUCUAUUGCUAAGCAUAACUGCUUGUGUUGAAUUUUUUUAUUCAGGGUGGCCGUUUUAUUUGGAAUAUAAAUUUCACAUUGGAUGAAUCCCUAUUGUUUCUAUCAGGAUUUUCUUUUGCUUUCCAAUUGUCAUAUUGCCUAACUUUUGAGGUAUUGUAUAUCAUAAAUUAAUGAAAGGAUAUCAUAAAUUAGGGUUCAAGAGGAUGUCGUCAAGUCAUUGCAGCUGAGGAAUCCAUUGAUUCUUAGGACGUCAUUCAACCGUCCUAAUAUAUAUUAUGAAGUGAGGUUCAAGGAUCUUCUAGAUGAUGUGUACACUGAUCUGUCAAAUCUACUCAAGUCUAGUGGUCAGGUUGUUUGCUCCAUUGUUUAUUGCCUUGAGCGCUCUACUUGUGAUGAUUUGUCUUUGCACCUAUCAAAGAAUGGCAUCUCUUCGGCUGCUUAUCAUGCAGGUCUGAAUAGUAAAAUGAGAAGCACUGUUUUAGAUGAUUGGCUAUCGUCCAGAAUACUUGUUGUUGUUGCAACAGUGGCAUUUGGGAUGGGUAUUGACAGAAAGGAUGUUCGAGUUGUUUGCCAUUUUAACAUUCCGAAGUCAAUGGAAGCCUUCUAUCAAGAAUCUGGAAGAGCUGGCCGUGAUCAGCAACCUUCAAGAAGCGUGUUGUAUUAUGGCUUGGAUGACCAUAAAAGAAUGGAAUUCAUCUUGAGUAAUGGCAUUAAAAAGAAAUCACCCUCUUUGAGUUCCUCCGAUGAGCUCUUGAAGAAGCCCCUUACAGAUUUCAAACAGAUGGUGGACUAUUGUGAAGGUUCUGGCUGCCGGCGGAGAAAAAUCCUUCAGAAUUUUGGAGAACAAGUAUCUGCGUCACUUUGUCAAAAAUCAUGUGAUGCAUGUAAAUAUCCAUCUCUACUUGGAACAAAUUUGGCAGACCUUAAACGUAAUGGUAACAUUUUCAGGAAGGGAGGACUUACUCCUGUUUUCCUUCAAAGAUCGUUUGUGGCUGCAUCAGAUCCAGCGAGUGAAUAUUGGAAUCAAGAGGAGGAAGAGGACUCUAAUGAAGAUAUAUCAGAAUCUGAAGAUGAAGCACUGGUCCUAGAAUGUUCAGCAAAGUCUAAGAUUUCAUCUAAAGCUACUCUUGAUGAGAAGUUUGAGGCCUUACAACGUGCAGAGGAAAGUUAUUAUCAAAAUAAAGGCCAAAAAAAGCAGGAAGAUUAA